AUGAUGUAAGUUAUAAGUUUCAAAAUUAAGACUUAGGAAAAAUACUUCAUAAAUCUAUGAUCAAAUGAUGCAGAGAGAGGGGAUAAAAAGCUGAUAGUGGAUGAAUUGUAAGGAAUUGGUUUUGUUUAUAAUAAAGUUAUUUCAAAUUUUCACAGAUUUUUAUUAUAAGCUUUAUAUAUUUAUAUUAUGAGUAUCGACUAUUCCUAUUUGGCUCCUCCGUUGGGAGCUCAUUCAGUUCAGCAUACAGGUAUGUAGAACCACUAUUCAAUUGCUAGAUUAUUAUAUUAAACAUCACGAGAGAGAGAAAGGAGCACGUAAAAUUUAUGAUUGUGUUCCUUAUGAUACUUUUGAAUAAGAAAAGAUCAGAGAACUCAAACAAGAAAUUUAGAAAUUAAAUAUAUAGCUUCCAUCAGAGUAAGUAUUUUGUGUUAUAUAUCAGUUGGAAGGAGAGUGAUUAUUUAAAAAUUGGCUACUCAGGUCGCUUUAAAAUGAAGGAAGUCAUCAAAGUAACUAAUGUCAUCAUUACUCCAUUAGAAACUGCAGUUGCAUCUAUCCUGGAGAGCCAAUCCAAUAUAUCAUUAAAUUAAUCCAGCAACUGAAAAAUUUCUUAAGGAUGGCAUCUGUUAUAUAUUUGGAAGAGACAAGCAGUAUCGUCCUAUAGUUAUUUUGAAUGCUCAUAUGAUUGAUUUAAAGAAAGUAUGUCUCUCACAAUAUUUUAUAUAGUAUGAUAAAGAAACGAUAAUUUAGGCAUUAUCAUUCCAAAUGGGAAUUAUUAAAAAACACAUGUUCAUUCCUGGCAAAGUUGAAAAUUGGAUAUUCCUAUUGGAAAGUAAUGGUUUGGGAGUUUUUGGCUUGCCAACAAAAGCACUUUAAGUUGUAAUUGAUACAAUGAGCACAAAUUUUGGUGGUUGUUUGGAGAAGAUGUUCAUAUUGAAUCCGUCAUCAGGUUUGAAUUUUUUAUGGAAAACUAUAUCUGGAUUUUUGGAUCCUGAAACUGCCGAAAAGAUUAAUUUUUUUUAGAAGAAAGACUUUAUGAAGUUGCAGUAAAUUAUAGAUCCAAAUCAGUUGGAAUAAAAAUAUGGUGGAACCCAACCAAACUAAAUUACAUUCUGGUAACUUUAUCUGAUUAUAAAUAGGCCUCCAUAUAAUUUAGAUUUAGUUGAUGGGAGAACAGUUCCUAAACAAAAAUAAUAAAUUGAUCAGUUUAUACCUCUGAGAAAUGAAGAAAACCAAAUUUAAAAAAAUGAAGAUCCUUAUGAUAAUGUUGAAAAUAAUGUUAAUGAUUUUUUUGAAACCUAAAAACAAUUGUAUAACUUCGAACAAAAGAAAUCAGCUGAAUUUGGGUAGGUGUCUUAGGUUGAUUAAAAGGAUUAGGAAUAACCCUAAAAGUAGGAAUUAAAUGAUCAAGAUCAAUAAAAAGUUAAUGAUUAAAUUCAUCAACAAUCCCCUGAGAAAGAAAACUAAUAACAAUAAGAGAUUGACUAAAAUAACAACGAAUAAAAUGUAUAAUAGACUGAGCAUGAGAACAAGAGGGAAGCAGAUAGCUAGGAAUAACUCCAUCAACAAUAAGAAGGGAAUAUUUCUAAAUAGGAACCUGAGUAGGAAGUGUAGAAAUCAGGGGAAUAGCAACAAUAAUAAAAUCAUUAGGAGUAAACUCAAAAAGUUGAAAUCGAUGGGAAUAAUAAUAAAAAUUAACAGGAGGAAGAAAAUUAAGUUGUAAGCAAUGCAUCAGCUACUAAAAUUAUCUAACCAGAGGAAGUGCAAGGAUAAAAUGUUGAGAUGACUUAAGUUGAUCCAGUUGCGAAUCAAGCGUGUUGUAAGGGUUGUGAGAUAUUUUGA